GGAUGCAUCACGUCCUUAAGAAAAAGACACAGCAACCAAAAAAACUUGUCAAUGCGCUCUCAAUCAAAAGCUUUCUUUUAAUAAUAAACGUAACACACGCUUUAUCAGUUUCACCACGCCAUCCAUCUUCUUCGAUUCUCUCAAGCAAAAAAAAAAAAAAAUGGCGAACAGAGAGAUGGCAGUGUACUGUUUCGACACUUUGGUCUGUCACUACAACAACGAUGAGACUCCUCCACCUGCCUUUGACGACGCCAAUCAUCCAUUGUUUGUGACAUGGAAGAAAAUAGUGAAUGGAGGGGAGCCUCGAUUGCGUGGAUGUAUUGGUACACUGGAAGCACGCCGCUUGAUCAGUGGCUUCAAGGAUUAUGCCUUGACCAGUGCCCUGAGGGAUCGUAGGUUCCCACCAAUACAGUCCAAAGAACUGCCAUUUCUGCAAUGUACCGUCUCUGUCUUGACUGAUUACGAAACUGCUGAGGAUUAUCUUGAUUGGGAGGUGGGAAAGCAUGGUAUAAUCAUUGAGUUCACUGAACCUGUGACUAACACAAAGCGAAGCGCCACAUAUUUGCCUGAGGUGCCAGCUCAUGAAGGCUGGACAAAGAUAGAGGCAAUAGACUCGCUGGUACGUAAAGCAGGAUACAACGGUGAAAUAACUGAAUCAGUGCGUAGGAGAAUCCAUCUAACACGUUACCAGAGUACAUUAUUCAGCAUGCAUUAUAGUGAAUACAUUUCAUACGUGAAGGCCACGAGAGGCGGUGUUGCCCCAGCUAUUAACGGGACCAGCAAGCCCGCCAUGGCCUUUUCUUGAUUUGCACCAUAAAGCUGCUGCUGCUGCUAAUGGGUCUAAUAUUCUUAAAGAAGAAACUUUUAGUGCACUGAGGUGAAGUGAGUCUAAUAUCAUAUGGUGGGUGUUUCAAGACCAAACUCAAGCCCUUCUUCAUAACCAUUUCUGUGUUGUUGCUUCUGCAACUCUGAGAUAUGCUAAACAUCUUUCUUUGUUCUUUUUGGCUUUACUGCAGCAACUCUUGUCCUAAGAGAUCAC